GCAUCUCACUGUCUCUGACGAGCCUUGUGCCCUUCUCUCUCUCUCUCCUCCUCUCCCCUCUCCCCCUCUCCCCGUCCCUUUGCCGCCAUAGAGCGCAAUGCCUAUCGCCCAGAUUGGUCUCACAGUCUCGCAUCUGCCAACCUCGACGUCCUUCUUCCUCUCGGCCCUCCAGCCGCUUGGCUAUCGCUACAUCUCCGAGUCUGGCCACCAGAUUGGGCUGGGUGUUCACAAUGCAGACUUCUAUCUGUGCCAAGAAACGCCUGGUGUAAAGGCUGGGGCAUCCCACAUUGCCUUCACCGCCCCCAGCACCACCGCGGUCCGGAACUUCUACACCGCGGCAUUGACCGCCGGCGGUCGACCCAACGGCAGCCCAGCCACGCGAAAUGCAGAAGGCCACUUCAAUGCCGUCGUAGUCGACUUUGACGGAAACAGCAUCGAGGCCGUGUACCGCAAUGGACCCGACGUGGGCGAAGACGGCACCAUCUACCACCACAGCCGCGUCAUCACGUACCGCCGGACAGUGACAACCAGCUACCGCGAGACGUCGUCGAGCGUCCACACGUACAAGACGUCUUCUUCUUCUACGUCUACGUCUUCUUCUUCUACGUCUACGUCUUCUUCUUCUACGUCUACGUCUACUUCUUCAAAGACAGCGUCCCAGGCCACGGCGUCCCAGGCCGAGCCCGCAGCCGCCGCCGCCGUGCCCAAGCCGCCGAGUGUAAUCAGGAGUCUCUCCGCCGACAACGUGGUGCCCGUCCCGGAAGCCGCGACCAAGUCGGAAUCGAGCGACGGCAGCAAGCACCUCUUUGGGGCGCUCCUUGGGGCUGCCGCUGGGGCGGCGGUGGCGUAUGCAUUUGUUCGGAGCGAGCGUGACAGCGCCAAGAAGGAGGCCGACUUCAACGCUUUCCUCGACGCCAAAAACGCGGUCAAGAAUGCAGCUGGCCUCUUCGCUCAGGCCCCGGCGCAACCCGAACCACCCCAGCAGACCCCACAAGCCGACCCGCCAGCACCACUGGCGCAGCCAGCACAGCCUGUGCCCGUCGUCGUCGCACCACCAGAGCCCGCCCCGUCAGUACACCGCAUCAAAGAAGACGACAACGACGACGACGCGCGUUCGGUCUAUUCGCGCGCAUCCCAGAUCCCCCGCUCGUCGGUGCCCCGGCAGAUCGAGGCCGCCCCGGCCGACUACUAUUCGCCAUCUCAAUUCAGCGGCGCCCCCAGUGCCCUCGCCCAGGCCCGUGCCAUCGAGUACGCUUCGCCACGUGCCAUCGAGUAUGCGGAGCCUCAGGCUAUUGAGUAUGCGCCCGCCUACUCGCGUGCGCCCUCAGCUGCUCCCUCGAGGCUUACCUCAGCUCACCGGUCAAGCACGAGCCCCGAGAUAUUGAUGCUCGAGAAUGCAAGGAGUACCGUGUCGUCCGGCACGCAUCUGAAGCCCCCGCGCCCAGCGUCCAAGCCCCAGAGCGUCGUCUCCAGGGCCCACAGCGCCGCGCCCAGCUCCUUCAUCUCUUCGUUUGUGGCUGACAAUGAUGACAACAAGAGCAUCGCCGAGAGCACGCGCUCGCACCGCUCAAGCAGGUCCAAGGCAAAGUCUUCGCACAGCAAGCACAGCCGUAGAGAACGUGAAUCUUCUCCUUCCCCACCUCCCGCCCCCGCUUCCAAAGCCCCGUCCAAGUCCCCGACCAAGGCUCCCUCCAAGGCCGCCUCCAUUGUGAGCAGUCUCUUCAACCGCGACAAGUCCAAGAAGCAUGAAGAGGAAGAGGAGGAUGAUGACUUUAUCGACGACCUCGACAUUGAAGAAAUGACCGAAGACGAUCUCGACACGGUGGUGCCCAGCGACAGUAUCUCGCAGAUUGGCGAUGGUCCCCGCCGCCGACACCGUUCCCACCGCCACAAGAGCAAGAAGAACGACGACGCCGAAACAUCCGUCAGCCACCGCAGCAGCAGCAGCAGAAAGCACACGGACGAUACCGAGUCGUCGGUCAGCAAAUCCACGCGCCGCUCCCACCGCUCCCACCGCACGCAAAAGACGCCCGAGUCAGGCGACGACGAUGAAUCGCUGCGCUCCCACCGCUCCUCCAGGCCCUCGGCAAAGCUCAAGCCCUCCAUCACCUCUGAACCCAGCGAAGCUUCUACCGUACGCCCCGUCAAAUCAUCAUCUUCUUCAAAGUCGUCUUCUCGCAAGGACAGCCUAACCCAGGGACAGUACGACCAACUCUUCAACGAAAUCCAGUAUGGCACCGGUAGCGUCCGGGCCGCCAGACAUCCUCCUACCCCGAGCAUGGUCAGUGCCGCGCGCAAGAACCCCAUGCGCACUAUGAUUAAUUUCAAUCACGCGCAAAAAAUGAGGAAUUUCGAGGGCAGUCAGGCGGGUAUGUCGAGGGAUCGGGAUGAUUAGGUGGUGGUGUUGCUGUUAUUGCGAUGUUCAACGAGACAUGUGGUCUAUCUGAUGUUUUUGUUUUUUGUUUUUUUAGCGCGCUGUUUUUCCUCUCUUUUUUUUUCCUUCCACAUGUUUAGAAGACUGUUUGCGUCAUUGCAACUGUACUGUAUCGUACCUGCACCUGCACCGCAUUCUGCAUCUUUUUUUUUGUAUUUGGCUAUCUUUCAGCUUCUUGUUCCAAACAAACCAACUGCUUUUUAGUGGGUUUUUGUUUGUUCCCCCUCGAUCGAUGUGGCCUUUUUGAUCAUCGACUUUUAAGCGUCAUGGUUGUUCUUUUUUGGGGGUAGGGCGGGGUGUUUUUGGGUUGUUAUUAUAUUUUUUUUCAGUUCCAUGGUACACUCACACACUCACACACUCCCAUACUCCUACACACACAUAUCCUCCUAUAUACAUCUGCACAGAUCUACAUAUAUACUCC